AUGAGCUUCGCCGCUGCCUCCCUGCUAGGGGCCCUGCUGCUGGUCAGCGAACUCUGCCCUGUCCGUGGGAUCCUGGAGACCAACGGGUUGAAGCUCCAGUGCACCUGUUUGAGAAGGAUAAAUAAAUUCAUCUCUCCGACCAAGUACCAGAAACUGGAGGUCUCCCUUCCCAGCAGCAGCUGUCGGACCCUGGAGCAUCACUCUCAAGGAAGGGAAUAUAGUGUGUGUGAAUGCCCACCACCCAUGGGUGAAGAAAAUCCUCCAAUCCCUCACCAAGGGGAAGAGCCUCUCACUGCCUUUCAACGAUCUGGGGCAGGUCGCGGAGUCCCCCAGAGCCCCGAGGAGGCAGGUGCCACACCCCAGCCCCCAGGCCUCGGCCUUCAUCCCGGCUUGAGGCCCAGAACUCCUGCUCUCGAGGGCCAGGAAAGGCCAGGGAAGACACCGGCCCUCUGGAAACUCAGCUUGCUGCAACUCCCGCCGGGUCUGCUUUUCUAUGGCUCUGCCCCCGUUACCGAGCAAGGGCCAGAUUGGACACAGGGCACGUCAGGGGUGGCUAAGGGUGGCAGCAAGAAAGUCCCCAACCCACACAUGAAGACAAACAGGAAGGGCCAGUUCAAUCGAAUGCUGUUUUUAGCAACGGAGAGCGAUGACAAACUCAACAUCUGA